CUAUCUCAAUGUACAAUUCUCAGAGAAAAGGACAAAAAUGCAUAUAAAUACUUCAAAGAAACUAAUGUAUUCACAUUUAUGCAAGAGCAGAUCUGGCCUUUACAUGAAAAAAUAACUGUCAUCGUUGGAUUAAUUGUUAUGUUGGCCUACCGCGGUAUGUUCAUAUAUCGAUAUGCACAUAUAUCCAGGUUUAGGCUACCAUACGAAUUCAAAAGGAAUACAAAGCUUAGACUGACAGCGGGCUCUACCCACGAGAAAAACAAGAAAAUAACGAAUGAUUUUCAUAAAUAUACCUGAAUCGGGGAAAUUGCAUUGCAUACAACAAAACCUACUGAAGGCAAUGUUCGCCUAGAAAAGCUUACCGAUGUGAGGAGAAAUACAAAUUACAGCGGUAAAGAAAAAGACCGAGAGAAGGGCCUUUUUGAUCUGGACAACCCCCAAAAGCAGCCAACAUCUGUGACGAGGAGGGGAAUUAAUAUUAAUAUCAUUGACUAAAACAGGACAUAUUUGACAAAGUUACAACAAAAACGUUUUGUCUUGGAUUUAAAAUACAUUCGGAUGAAGAAGGAAACCCUGCAUAAUCAUCCACAUGCCGUCAUUUUAGUGGAAAUAUGAAUAUUUUUUUGAUCCACCCUCUGUAUCUGCUUUGCCUGUCACGCUGGGGCUGAGGACGGAUUGAACAAGGAAAAAGGGAAAUACGCAAAUGUUUUGAAUGGCAGAAUUCUACGAGUGAAACCAAUGAUGGAUUCUAGAUGAGACAUUUGCUAGAAUUCAGUGUGGAUUUCAGCUCUACGACAACUCGAGAUCAUUUAUGUACAUUGUAACGCUGAAGGAUAAUAUUCAACACUGAAAUUCAUCUUGAUGACUAUAUUGCGGAUUUACAGUGAAAACAUUAUAGGAAUCAACUGUCUGAGAGGGCGGCCUGAGUGUCGUGAUUAGCACCACCACUCUGUUCUCACUGAAUAAUCUAUUGUAACCGGUAGAUAUUUAACACUAAUAACUGUGAUAAAGGCUACGGAUUGGUUGGUCUUGAUCUUCCGCAGGUUUUAGUCUGCAACUGGCAAUACAGAUGUCACCCAUCUUGAGCAAGGUGUCUUUCUCUUGGCCCAAUCUAGGAAUCUAGAAAUUAUUUAUUAUAUGAAUCCCCCCUCCCCCGAACCUUUUUAUUGGGUUUUUGGGAAGAUGGGUUGUCUGGGCAAUAGUAAAUCCGAAGACCAACGUAAUGAGGAGAAGACACAGAGGGAAGCUAACAAAAAGAUAGAGAAACAGCUUCAAAAAGACAAACAGAUUUACCGAGCUACUCACCGGCUUCUGCUAUUAGGUGCUGGUGAAUCUGGGAAGAGCACGAUAGUUAAACAGAUGCGAAUAUUGCAUGUGAAUGGCUUCAACGCAGAGGAGAAAAAACAGAAAAUUCAAGACAUUAAAAACAACAUAAAAGAAGCUAUAGAGACUAUAGUGACAGCCAUGAGUACACUGACGCCCCCAGUCCGGUUAGCCAACCCAGCACACCAGUUCCGAAUCGAAUACAUCCUAAACCUAGUAAAUCAGAAGGAUUUUGAAUUUACAUCGGAGUUCUAUGAGCAUGCUAAGACCCUAUGGCAAGACGAGGGGGUGAAGGCCUGCUUCGAGAGAUCCAAUGAGUACCAGCUGAUCGACUGUGCACAGUACUUUCUAGAAAAGAUUGAAAUUGUGAAGCAGAGUGACUACUCUCCUACUGAUCAGGACCUGUUGAGAUGCAGAGUACUGACUUCGGGGAUUUUUGAGACAAGAUUCCAAGUAGACAAAGUGAAUUUUCAUAUGUUUGAUGUUGGAGGUCAGAGGGAUGAACGCCGAAAGUGGAUUCAGUGUUUUAAUGAUGUGACAGCCAUUAUCUUUGUGGUAGCCAGUAGCAGCUACAACAUGGUGAUCCGGGAAGACAAUCAGACCAACCGACUGCAGGAGGCCCUCAACCUCUUCAAGAACAUCUGGAACAACAGGUGGCUGCGGACCAUUUCUGUCAUCCUCUUCCUGAACAAACAGGAUCUGCUAGCAGAGAAGGUGCUUGCGGGGAAAUCUAAAAUUGAAGAGUACUUCCCAGAGUUUGGGCGCUACACUACACCAGAUGAUGCAACACCAGAGCCAGGGGAGGAUCCUCGUGUCACAAGGGCAAAGUACUUCAUACGUGAUGAGUUUCUGAGGAUCAGCACAGCCAGUGGAGAUGGAAGGCACUAUUGUUAUCCCCAUUUCACCUGCGCAGUGGACACUGAAAACAUCCGGCGUGUCUUUAAUGACUGUCGAGACAUCAUUCAGAGGAUGCACCUACGACAAUAUGAGCUCUUGUGAUGUGAGUGGGAGGAGAGACUCCCAGUGUUCUGCCUAUCCUUGAUCAGUUAGUCCCCUCGUCACUCAACCAGCCCUCCCCUUCCAUCCUGAAAAACAAACACCUUCUCCUGGGGACGUUGUGUUUCAAAGUAAGAAAGUGACAGUGCAGCCAACAGACUCCUAAACACAGUACUGUACCUGUAACAAGCCAACAGACUCCUAAACACAGUACUGUACCUGUAACAAGCCAACAGACUCCUAAACACAGUACUGUACCUGUAACAAGC